AUGGCUAGUGAUAUGCUUCAUGUUAUGAAUAAAAGUAAGGAGUUGGGUGAAAUAUUUAUGAAUUAUUUUAAUAAUGAUGCUUUAAGUAUUAAAUAUAUAAAUGAUUGUAAAAAUGGUGAAUCUUUAGAACUUUAUGGAUGUUUUUAUCUUGUUCAUUCGGACUCAAUUUGGAAUAGGGGUGGAGAUAAACGUCCAGAAUCAGAUUUUUUUGAAAAUAUAACAUUUUUAUCAUUUUGUUAUAUGAACAAGUUAAUAGAAAAAUAUUACAAUAAUUACAAUUAUGCUGACAAAAUAAAUAUUCGAAAUAAUUUCAUUAAUGUUUUAUUUGGAUUGUCACUAGAGUUUAAUCAUUCUAUAAAUAUGGAUAUGCUAAAUAUAAAAGAGAAAUCUUUAGACUUAUUUAAAAAAAAUUUAAUGGAAGUAUUUAUAAAUGAAAAUAAUAAUUAUUUGAUGUCAAAUUUUAUGAACUGUUCAGAUUGUUAUUUUAUUCGUUCAUAUUCAAAUUCGGCAAAAAAUAAAUAUUCACAAAUAUUAAGCAUAAUAUGCAUGUAUAAUGAUUAUACAUAUUUUCGAUAUUUAUAUAAUUUUAUUUUAUAUUUUAUGGUUGUGUUUUUGAAAAAAAAAAUGGAAUAUAUUGCAUUGCCAGGGGGAACUCAAGAUCCAAUACAAUUGAAACGAAAAAUUCAUGAAAUAUUUUUUAAACAAGGAAAUGAAGGAAUUGAAGAAGAAAAAAAAAAUGAAUAUUUUAGCGCAUUAUUACACAUUAGUAUAAAUUUUUUAAAAGAAAUAUUUUAUACAAUAACUAAUGAUAGUUUUACAAAUAUACUAACAAGACAACAGUUUAACAUGUUUAGAACAAUCAUAAUAAAUGACAUAAAUGAGCUUUUUAAUUUUAUUUAUACAUGUUUUUAUUAUUUUAUUUUAUUAAAAAAAAAAAAUGAAUUUAUUUUAUUAAUGCAAUGUAUUAAGGAGCUAUCUUUUUUUUCUCCAAUCCAUUUAUUUUUUAGUAGCUCAUAUAUGUCACCUAUUAAUUUUUUACUAAAUGUUUUAGUUUUGCCGCUUCGUAAUAAUAUGAAAAAAAAUGAAAAUAUAUAUCAAAAAUCAUUUAACAAUAGUUUAUCAAAUACACAAAACAAUGAACCUUUGAUUAUCAUAACUCCCGAAGAAUUUAAUUAUUUAUAUACACGUUAUAUAUAUAGUAAAAGUCAGAAUAUGGAACUAAUAGAAUUUCCACAUUUUAAUGAAUGCAUUAAUAAUUUUGUUAAUAAUUCAAACAUACAAGAAAUAAUAUUAACAAUAUUUUCAAACAUAAUAGAAGGUGUAUCUAAAAUAAAUAGUAAAACUUUUUUACAAAUUAAUGAAAAUGAACUUAUGAAUUUUUUAGAAAAAUUUUUUAACAUAGAUUUAAAUUAUUAUGAUAUAAAACAUUACGAUUUUGAAAAUGUGUAUAUUAAAAUGAUUAUGAACAUAUCAGCUAUUCCAGUAUCAAACUAUUUACACAAAAAAGAAAAUAAAAUAAAAUGUAUAAAUAUGUAUAUAAUUAAUAUAUUUAAAAAUAUACAUCAUCCAAAUGUUAAUAUCUUAAUUUAUAUUUUAACUAUUUGUAAAAAUAUUUUUGAAAAAAAUCGAGACUUAAUUUUUAUAAAAAAUCACCAACUUGAUCAAAUUCAAAAUGAACAAAAUAAUAUUUACAAGUUAGAAAAAAAUGCAUUAUUAAAUGAUGAUAAUGCAAAGAAAUAUAAUCAAGAUUUAUUUAUAAUAACUAUUGACGAUUUAAAGAAAUUAUUUACUCUCAUAUUUAUACGGUAUAUAAGAAUACCAAUAUAUAAGGAUUCAAAUUCUUUAAAUAAAAAAUUUAUGUUACAAUUUUUUACAAGUUAUAUAAAUGAAUAUAACGAAAAAUGGUUUGACGCAUAUAAUAAAUACACUAUUCACGAAAUAGAUAAUAAUGAUAACAAUUUCCAAUUUGAAAUGUAUACGAAUAUGAUAACAAAAGACAAUGCUUCAAUUAAUAAUAAUAUAAUGAGGCAACGGAUAUGUUUACUUAUAAAAACGAUAAUGGGUAUGAAUCAUGAGGUAUAUAAUAUAGCAGUUAAUGUGUUUUGUGAUUUCUUUAAAUUUUAUAAUAGUAUAAAUGUUGAUAACUUAUUCAACGAAAUGAUUAAAUAUAAGGAUUGUUUUGUUUAUUCUUUGUUGGAAAUGUAUUAUGAAAUGUUAACAUUUUUAAUUAAUGUAUUAAAAGAUUGUAAAAAUAUAAUAAUGGAAAAAAACCAUAAAAUAAAUGAAGAUAUAAUUUCAUAUCAACUUUCUACAUGUACAACAGAUUCUAAUAACGAAAGUUGGUCAAAGGAUCAGUUUAUUCAAAACAAAAAAAACAUGUUAAUUUGUAUUGAUCAAGAAAUCGAUAAAUUGUUAGCUUUUGAGAAAGAAAAAGAAAAAAUGGAAUCGAUUCAGAUGUGUGGAAAACAAAAUGGAAAUAAAAUGAAUUUUGAUGAAAAUGAAAAUGUAAAAAUUUUGAGAGAAGAAAAGAAUCGUAUUAAUUUAGUAUUGCAUAUUAUUAAAUGUAUAAAUAAAUAUAAAUCUUCUCCAUAUUAUGAAAUAGACAAUAAUUGUAUAAAUAAUUUAUUAACAUGUUAUAAACAAAUAUCCGAAAACGAUUUUAUUAAUUUUAUAAAUAUAUCAAAAAAUUUGAUUUUAUUUGAAAUAAAAAGAUUAGAAUUUAUUUCAGAAAAUUCAUAUAUAUUAAAUUAUAAAAAAGAAUAUGCGUUUUUUAUGAUGGAAAAUUUAUUUAAAAAUAUUUUACAAAAUAAUCAUAAUUUUAGUUUAGAAUUAAAAAAAAAUUAUUUUUCUAUAUUUUCAUCAAUUGUUGAAAAUUUAAAAAACCAUUUAACAAAUGAUAUGAUUCAUAACAUUUUGAAAACAUUUCUUGAGUAUAAGAAAUCUACAUCUAUGGGAUCAGGAAAUGAAUCUGUUUUUUCUACUUCGUCAUUUAAACAUAACAAAGAAUUUUCUCUUUUUAUUCUUGUUUUAAUAUCUUCACUUAAUGUUGACAAUAUAAAUGACAACAUCGAAUAUAUUCAAAUUAUAAUGAAUGAACCAAUAGAAUUUCUAAACAAUUUUAAUAAACAAGUUACAAACUUUCAAAAUCUCUAUAAUUUUUUAUAUACAAAUGAUAAUUCACUAAUUACAGCAAACUAUUUAUUUGACACAUAUAAAAUAGUACAAAAUUUUUUUUCCAAAUUUUCAUAUAAUAAAAUUAAAAGAAUAAUUAACAAACAAAAUAUGAUAAAAUUAUCAAAUUUUCCAAAUUAUGGAAAUCUAGAACUAAGUAGUGAUAUCAUUUAUAAAUUAGCAAAUAAUAAUAUAUUACUAAUAAAUGAAAAUCAAUUUUUACAAAUUUCUAUGAACUUAUUUGCUAACUCAAUAUCUAUACUAUCUAUAUAUAAUGGUUUUAUACAUAACGAUAUAAAUAGUUUAAUUUUUGAAGCAUGCCCUAUAUUAUAUUCAGAUAUUAAUUAUUUUUAUUUGGGAAAAAAAGAAAGAGGAAUAGCCAUUAUGUAUAAUAGAAAAUAUAAAAACUUAAAAAAAACGGAAUCGUUUUCAAAUAUUGAAAAUAUACAAAUAAAGAAUAGACCAACUAAUAAUAAUUAUGAUAGUUUGAAAAAAUUUGGAAAAAUAAAUUUUGUAUCGUUACAUGAAAAUGCAUGUAAUGUAAUAAAAAUAUAUAUAGAGGAAGAAUUUAUAUUUAUUAAUAAUAAUAUAUUGAAUAUAUUUAAUGAUGUCUUAUCUUUGGGUUUACAACAUAAUCCAUAUACAUAUGUUAAUCAUAAUAUAUUAUCAAUUUAUUUAUUUUUGAGUCAAAAAAUAAAACAUUUAAUUAUGAAUAAAAAUAUGAAUGAGUUAAUAAUUGAUUGGUUUACUAAAAUAUUUUCUGUUUUUUUUGAAAAAAAAUUUAAUUAUUUUAAACAAGAAAAUGAAUUUAUUAAAAAAGUUAAUUCACAUUUGAGUAAUGAAACGGAUAUUAGGGAAGAAGAUUAUUCGAUGUAUUGUGAUAUGCUAUAUAGAAAUAAAAAAUACAUUUUUAAUUUUUUCAAAAUAUGCAAAAAUUUAUUUAUAAUACCUAAUGAGUUAAUUGUGUCUACAAAUUCUAGUCAUAAUUCCAAUAUAAUUGGAGAAUAUUCUGGAGAUAAAAAUAAAAUUUAUUUUUAUUAUUAUUUAUUUAAUAGUGAUAAAAUAGGUUUAUUCAAUUAUUUAUUACCAACAUUUGAAUUCCUUUUAAAUAGCUAUGAUUGCAAUAUUACCAAACAAUGUUUAUCAUGCCUUAUUGAUUUAUCCGAUUCAAUAUGUGUAUUACCAACAUUUAAUUCUUCAACUAGCUUUUUUAUUUUAUUACAAAUCAUGAAAAUAAUUUUACAUGGAUUUUUAUUAUAUAACCCUCCAAUGCUAACAUUACAACAAAAUAUGAAUGAAAAAAAAAAUAUGAACAAUAUUUUAUUUAGCCAAUAUGACGAAAAUAAUAUAGAUGUUUAUAUUGGAGAAAUGAGUAUAUUUACUAAAAAUGAUCCACAAGAAGUUAAUUCCUUUUUAAAUAUUUUUACAUCCACAUUUAUUAAAAUAUGCAAAAAUUAUUUCCUUUUACAAAAAAAUAUUUUUAAUAAUAUAAACGAAAAUACGAGUUUUAAUGAGCUAGUAAAUAUCGAGUCAAUUAAACAGUUUAUAUUGUUAUUACAAAAUCAGGAUAACUCAAACAUGUUCGAUUUUCAAACUAUUGUUUCAGAUUUAAUCAAGCAAAAUUCCUCGGACUAUUUUAAAAACUUGUUGAUCAAUUUGAGAUUGCAUAGAACACAGAAAUUAUAA